AAACCGAAUGAAUCUUUGGGUAUUUGUUGAAUUUCUUGCGAAAAAAGACACCAAAGGCUCAUAAAUCUGAAACGAAAUUCAUUGGAUAAACAGCAAACAUUUCUCGAUUCAAACUCAGCAUGACUAAGCAGCAAGCAAAUUGGUCUCCUUAUGACAACAAUGGAGGGACGUGUGUCGCUAUUGCAGGAGCUGAUUACUGUGUUAUUGCGGCUGACACUCGAAUGUCCUCUGGCUACAAUAUUCUCACUCGCGACUACUCCAAAAUUAUUCAGCUUGCAGAUAAAUCCGUGAUGGCUUCGUCAGGGUUUCAGGCUGAUGUGAGAGCUCUGCAGAAGGUCUUGGCAUCAAGGCAUUUGGUAAUUACGUGGGAUCUAAUAUCAUAUUAUUAUAACAAGCAAAUGAGCUGCCCCGCAAUGGCUCAGCUGCUCUCUAAUACCCUGUAUUACAAGCGUUUCUUCCCAUAUUAUGCUUUCAAUGUGUUGGGUGGCCUUGACAAUGAAGGGAAGGGUUGUGUCUUCACAUACGAUGCUGUUGGAUCAUAUGAGAGAGUUGGAUACAGCUCCCAAGGUUCUGGUUCUACACUCAUCACACCCUUUUUGGACAAUCAACUCAAGUCUCCAAGUCCUCUUCUGUUACCUGCCAAGGAUGCAGUUACUCCACUUUCAGAAGCAGAAGCCAUCGAUUUGGUUAAAACUUGUUUUGCAUCUGCAACAGAAAGGGACAUAUACACUGGAGACAAGCUGGAGAUAGUUGUUUUAAAUGCUAGUGGUAUACGUCAAGAGUACAUGGAACUCAGGAAAGAUUAAAUCAUCUUCUACAUUUCUUCGCGGAUGCUUUUGCUCAAUUCGGAUAUUGGAAUGCUUGGGAUGGCAAUUGCCAGAUAGUUUGUGUUCUUGUGCACAAUAAUUAUUACUUAUUUGGGUGGGAGUCUGCUUUCUUUGUGGAAAUGUUAUGAUGACUCGUUACUUGAAAGUUAUGGUUCUGUAUUUGCAUUAUGUUUCAGUUUAUGUUUAAAGCUUGAUCAGGUUUACAUGUAGCAACAAUCUUGAAGCCUUUAAGCAUCUGAUCUAGUGAAAACUCGUCUUGAAACUUUUAUUGGGUGGAAUUUGGUUUGUUUGUUGUUAUAACUUAUACGGAUACUGUUUGAAAAGAUGCAAAGAUUAGAAA